AUGAGUUUCAAAGUGCCAAGCAAAAUAAAGCUUUUCAUGUGGACUGCUCUUCAUGAUAAAAUUCUUGGAAACGCCGAACGGAAAAGGAGGGGCCUCACCAUGAAUGGUGAAUGUGUUGCAUGCCACGGACAGGAGGAAACCACGGCUCAUAUCCUGCGAGAUUUCUACCAUGCCGAGGAAGUCUGGACGAGGAUGAUAGAUAGUGAUCGUUGGAGGAGAUGGAGGCAGCUCAACACCCGUCAAUGGCUGGAGCAGAACAUCAUGGACAAUAAACAUUCGGAUAAAUACCAUGAAUGGGCAAGGAUGUUCGUGAUUUCCAGCUGGUGGAUUUGCAAAACGGACUACAUAGAGCCAACAAUUACAGAAAUGAGAGCUAUCGUUGAAGCUAUGCGGUGGGCCUGGGAAAAAGGAAUUCGAGACAUGGAAAUUCAAUCAGACUCUAGGGAAGCUGUUAGAUGGAUUCGAGAGAAAACUGAUCUUCGGGGCAUUGCUCGGGACCUUGUGAAUGAAGCGGUGUGUUGGUGUGCAAAAGACUGGAACAUCUCAAUUCGAGCCAUCUUUCGUGAACAGAACAGGAGUGCUGAUGGGCAAAUUUCAGCCGGCGGAUUGGAAAUAGUUCUCCUCCUGCCCACCGGAGUGUGUUGA